AUGGAGAAGGCGGCCGGCGCGGAGCCGCGGCGGCGCUCAGGCUCCAGCCCGGCCCCGGCCCCCGAGCCCGGCCGGUCUCCCAGCCCCAGCCGCCUGGACGUGAGCUCGGCCCGCUUCGACCCGCUGCUGGCGCUGUACUCGGCCCGCACGCCGCUGCCCUUCCCCGGCGCGCCCUGCUUCAACAACCUGGCCGAGUACGAGAGCUUCCAGCGGGGCCUGCGCCGCCCGGCCGCCCGCCGCGGCCCGCCCGCCGCCCGCAGCACCCGCCGCCGCCCGCCCGCCGCCGACCCCGAGCGCCUCCAGCGCCUCCGCAGCCUCAUGGUCCACCGGGACCCCGAGCGCGAGGCGGCGGCCCGCGGCCGGGCCGGGCCCCGCCGGGCCCCGCGCAACGUCCUCACCAGGAUGCCGCUUCAUGAAGGCAGCCCUCUUGGUGAACUACAUCGUUGUGUCAGAGAUGGUGUAAAAGUCAAUGUCCACAUCCGAACUUUCAAGGGGCUGCGAGGAGUCUGCACAGGGUUUUUGGUUGCAUUCGACAAAUUCUGGAAUAUGGCCUUGACAGAUGUAGAUGAGACGUACAGAAAGCCUGUACUGGGCAAAGCGUUCUACAGUGAACCUCAGCUGACUCUUACCAGGCUGUUUGACAGACUCAAACUGCAGGAGUCCUUGAUAAAGAAGGGAGCUGACUCAAGGACUGCAGCCGAGGAGCCAGCCCUGACAAAUGAAUCCAAGAUGUUUGGACGGAAAGCUGGGUCAGGACGGGGGAGAGCAGAGGACGAGUGUGGGAUGCAGAAAUUUUUGAGUGGAGCUGAAGAAAAGAAGACAACGAAUGACAACUUGCAUCUGGCAGUCAGGAAUAAGGCUGACCUGCCGAGCAGGACUGCCCAGACAGAGGGUACUAGUGCAGGGGGUGCUAAUGCAAAAGGCCAGCCACGGAAAAAACGGAGGCCCAAAGUGGAUUAUCAGCAGGUGUUUACACGUCAUAUAAACCAGAUAUUUAUCCGAGGAGAGAAUGUCUUGCUUGUUCAUUUAGCACAUUGACUUGGCCGAGCCUUAGU